AGGGAGUGCAUGUGGGCUGUCCAAAAAAAGGUUUGGUUGACCCGAGCACAACACAGUAGCCACGCUGCUAACCGCUCAGCUAGCUCCGGUACAGCUAGCUUAGCUACUUCACUGGUACUAACUGACAGCCAGCGAGCUAAGCUAACCCGCCUGUGUCAGACCCGCACUGCUGCUGCUGCUGCUUCUUCACAGCUGAAGUGUUUGUGUCGGCAAGGUUUUUUGGAAACAAUCAGGCAGUAGUUCAUGUACCCAAGAGCCUGACACGUCUCUUCAAUGGCUGCCUCUGGCUCCUCCACCACUGUGCCUGAAGGGUUCCACUAUGAAACCAAGUAUGUGCUCCUCAGCUACCUCAGCCUGCCCCCAUCCUCACACUCAAGGCCUGCAGAAGCAGCAGCUGGACAGACUGCACAGGAAAAGGAUGUGGAUCAGACCAGCAGGAUGAAGCAGGAGAUUGAGGAGGAGCUAAAGCUGCUAGAGGAGGAAAUUACUGCUUCUUUUCCCAGGACAGGCUUUGACCGACACACUUCCCCAGUCUUCAGUCCAGCUAAUCCAGAGAGCUCUAUAGAGGACAGUCUAGCUGUGCUCGGAGACCGUGUCACACGGGACCUGGACACACACCUGGCCUCAGCCAUGCACACACUUCUCAGUGGCCAGCUGGACUAUGAAAGUUUCCGAACUGUGGUGCAGGAGGUGUCUGCUCAUUCUCAGGGAGGCUGGAGCAAGGUCUUGGUGCCUUUAGUAUUGUUGCAGGCGCUGCAGGCUGAGGGGCAGCCCCUGGCCUCUCUGCUGGCCCUGGGUGUUUUUUACCUGGAAGAGACAGAAGCAGAUUUCAUCAUCCAGCAGGGUGGAUGGAGUGCAGUGUUCAGCUUAGAGGAUGUGGAUGACCCUGGAGUGAUCAUUGCUGAAGACAGUAACGAUAUCUACAUCUUAUCAGGGGAGCAGGCCCCUGAACUGCUGAGCCCCCCCGAGUCCCUGCUGAUAACGGCAGACAGCAGUGGGCCAGGCUCUUGGCAGACAGAGAGCCUGCCCGUGUCUCUCACCGGCCACGAGUCUUGGGCUCAAGUGGGCAUGAUGGACCCCGAGGAUGCCAAGAGCCUGGACAGUGCUGAGGGCAUGGCUUUGGCCGAGGAACGCAGUGAGAACAACUCGUCCAACUCUGACAUUGUGCAUGUAGAACGUGAGGAGGCAGAGCUUCUGGAGGAGGGACGGGAGCCUGUAGAGGAAGAGGGGUUGCAAGAGAGUGUUCUAAGUGUGCUGGGCAGUGAAAGUGAGCUGGCGGCCCUGAGGGCGGAGCUCAGAGAAGAAGCCACUCCUUCUCCGGCUAAAGUGCCCGAAUUGCUUGAGUCUCCGGAAGACUCUAUUGUCAUCAUGGAAGCACCUGUUAGCUUAGCUGCUCCUGUUCCAGAGUCAGCAUUUGCUUUACAGCCUGAAUCUCUAGUCCCACCAGCACCUCCUGUUGUUGCUGCUGCUGCACCUGUUCCUGCUGCUGCUGCCCCUGUAGUGCCUGAUCCUCAGCCUGAGCCCCAGACAUCUCAGCCAGAACCUGUUUUAGCUCCUGUGGAGCCACAGCUUCCAAUAUCAAUUAAAGAGCCUCUCCCUGCCAUCGCACCUAUUGCUGAACCAGAAGCUGAGCCAGAACCUGUCCAAGCACUUCCAGAUCAAGAGCCACCAGCACAAGAACCAGUAGUGUUGCAAGAGGUGCAGGCAGCCCCCGCUCCAGCUCAGGAGCCUCCUGUCCUGUCUCAGGCUGCAGUCCAGGCACAGGCCGAGCCUGCCCACUCAGAGCUUCCGGUGCUGCUGUAUGGAGGUGCUGCCCUGGUGGCCAUCGCUGCUUUGGUAGCCUAUGGUGCUCUGGCUUACAGGAAGAAGUAGGAUAAAGUAGCAAGAAGCAGUUGAUCUGAUCUCAGCACCUGCACCACCACCCACUAUCAGGAAACCUGGGCCACUGUGCUGCCAAAAACUGCAACUCCUCUCACCCGCCUCAUGCCACUAUGUUUGCCAUUCUCGUUUCAUCCCUCAGUUGUUUUUAUUAUAUUGUUGUAGUUUUCUUUGUAUUUUGCUGAUCUGUUACAGCAUACUGUAGGUUCCUCUGCUCUGACAAUUCAGUGUUGACUUCAUAUUUUUUCUGUUUAGUUUUGCUGUGGCCUAGGUUUUCAUGUCUGCAAGGCUUACAACUGGGGAACCUUUGUCAGAGUACCUGCGAUAAGUCUUCAUUUUUGAUCAUUUGCAUUUUCUUUGAUUUUAGAAGCAGGUACUUGCUACACAAGAAAGAUGAAAUUUAUUUUGUGUUUUUGAAAGCAGUUUUAUGAUUUGCUAAGUGAGAUUGUUAUAUUUCAACUCAAAUUGGUUCUACACUUUUGAUUGAUAAAGGUAAAUUAUUUAGGCUUAUUUUAAGCGACUUGUGCCUGUUUGAUAUUGUGCAUGAUAAUAAUUUUACUUGGGAUUUCUGAAUUAAAUAUGAAAUGGUUAAAUGCCAUGGGCUAGCCUGCUACUCGAAAUGGUGUUUCACCAUGUUUUUCACAGCUUUUAGUUGUGACACUCAUUGAGUAUGCUUAUAGAAAUACAAAGAGGUCACAGCUAUAAUUAGGAGGAGCAUUUCUAUUAAUAAGUAUUUAAAACUGUGUGACUAAUGCUGCAUUCCAUUUUACCUCAGAUGUUGGAAUUUAAGCUAAAAUAUCCCCAUAAAUCAGGGUUCCUACAUGGAAAGUAAAAAGAAGCUCACCAACCCCAAGUUUAAAAUUCAAGAUGGCUACACUGCAAACCCACAGUAGCAAAAUCAGUAAUAAUUUCUGUCUUUUAAUGCACAAAUUAAAUCAGUAAAUCAAAUAAUAACAAAUGUUUGUAUGUAUCUGUGGACAUGUCUGUAAGGUUUGAAUGUGCAAAAUGCUGUAAAAUGCAUUGUUAAUAGUUAAUAGUGCUAACAUGGAGCAAUGCUAACAGUGAUUGACCAAACCAUUGUCAAAUUAAUCGUGGUAAACUUUAAAGUAUUUAGCUAAUUUGUUGUUUAGCUGAAUGUUUAAUUAACAGACAAAACAGUCAACUCACUGGUUUAACUCUCUCACAGCACUGCUAUCCAAAUUCUGGGUAAAUAGAAUGCAUCAUUAGUUUUAAUUACAUGCUUCCACUGGUUUAUCUGCGUUGCUUUCAGUCUGCCAUUGAAUUCCCCCUGGUAAACUCUAUGAACAGCAGUCCCAGGUCACAACAUGAGCUGGAAAACAUCCUUUGUGACACAUAACUAAAUAUGUGAUGCAACAGUAAAGUUGACAUUUUAACACACAAUCUAAUAUAUAAAGGUGCUAAUAAGGACUGUUUAAGCUCCUUUUAAUGAUGUGCAGAUGGUAGAAGUUUUAGGUGGUCUUAAUCCAGCAAAUCUCCAACAGGAAGAAAUAAUGAUGUUGAAGAGGUGUUCAGCAUAUAUUGCAGCUUACUGAUAUUCUUUAAGUGCAAUGAUGGGGAAAUACUUAAAAGGGGUGCUGAAGACAAAAUGAAACGUUACCAUCUCCAGCUCCUGGUGUGGUAAAACUGGGAAAAUCACCUUCUGAUUAUUUGAAAAAAACACUGUAUUGGUAUGAUUUUUCUCUCUCUCUAAUCUUUCCGCUAGACAGUUAGCCUUAUGAUACCCUAAAUCUACAUUUCAGUUUACACAGUGGUUUGAAAUUUACGUCUGUAGCUGGGACCUAUAGCCCACUGAAUCAUAAAAGACGCUUCCAAGUUUUUGUAUAUCCUCCUGAGACCCGGAUUUUAGCUUGGUGUGCAUUUUUUAUUUUUUCCAUCUAUUUAGGAGGACCUAACAAGUAUAAACUCCUAACUUUGUCUUCUUAUAUGAAGUCGUAUUUGCAACAAAAAAACAUAAAUAAAUAAAAGAAAUAAAAUUAUAAUAAUAAUAAUAUAUCCUUGUCAUUUGGGAUCAGCUGGACCCAAUGUUUAAAAAAAACUAAAUUUUAGCUUUGUACAGAAAGUAAAAAACAUAGUUUCAGAUAUAAAAUUCCAUGAUCAUUUUACCUGUCCCUUCAGUUUCUGUCUGGACUGGCUGUAGAAAUGUUUGACUGGGAUUCCCGCCAUCUUGUUUUCAAUCUCUUAGCUAUAAUGUUGUCAUGUGACCACUAGAGGCGGUGUGUUCAUAUGAAGCUUAAGGGUAAAAAAUUAAGUAUAAUGGUGUAGAGAAGCAGAAAUGUAAUGUCUUUGUAUGAGGACGCUGGGUCUCAAGAGGAUAUAGCUGGAAAAUGCAGCCUACAAUCAGUGAUUUUGCAACUAAUGUAUCAGUCCUGUCGGGUAAGAAAAACUGGGUAAAAGUAGAAAAUUAAGCAUUUAGAGCAGAGGUUAUUAAAAAGGAGGAAACUGUGAGUGUAUUACUCUAGGAAUUCUUCAUGCUUAUUAUGUGUUUGUGCAAGUCAUGUUGGGAAUUGCAGUGACAGAACAUUAAAUCAUAAAAUUAUAUCAGCUUGCUGAAUUUAAGGAAUCCUACAGACUACUGAAUAGCAUGAUGAUAAACUUACUGAAAGCUAAGUUUAGACCACAAUGCCCCUUUAAGUAUUUUUUAAAGGUCAGAGUAUCUUAUAUAAACAUGAGUAUUUAUCUUUUGUGCCAGAAAUAAUUUAGACUACACUGCAUCCACAAGUGGUUCCCUUUUGCUAGUUCCUUUUUUGCCAUUUGUUGCAUCAUUCACAUGAUCCACUUGUGUCUGACUGAGAAAAUAAUAUAUUUUUGCCCUUAUUUGGUACUGCUUUGCUGUGUCUGCUUCAGUCAUUUCAGCUUCAGUCUGCAGAACAUGACUAAAACACCUGAUUCACGGCUCACCUGCAGCACCCUGUUUUGCUGCCUGCUCUGUAUUAAUGUACAGCACUCGAGCAGUGCAGCACUUCAGUCUUUCCCUUUGUGUCUAGUCCUAAGAGACUGUGGGGAGGAAUGUUUUAAGUUUCAUGAGGCAGAAAUCUAAUAAAAGGAUCUGACAUCUCUGACUCAGUGGAAAAAAGUAUGGUAUAUAUAUUGUGACCCCCCUCUUGUUUCUACACCCAUUUUCAGCUCCACUGAGCAUACAGGGGCACUUUGUUGUUCCAUAAUUAGAUUAUUGUUUCUUCGCAUACUUUAUCCCCCUCCUUUUACCCUGUUCUUACGUGGCCAUGGCCCCACAGGUCCAGCACAGUGCAGCGAGUAUUUGGGUGUGCCAGCACUGUAGUCAUAAUGACACGGUGGUGAUGUUAUGAGUGAAUCAGCCACAGCAGUGCUGCUCGAGUUUUAAACACAUCAGUGUCAUUGCUGUAAUGGAGAAUGGAUGUAGAAACAAGGUCAUAUUGUCAUAAAGUUAUGCUUGAUCAGUAAAUAGAUUUAUAUAUUUUUCCAUGCUGGGAUAAGCACAAUCUAGUAAACAGAAUGUGUAUCCUGCAACUAAAAUGUCAACCUUGCCUUCCUUUUGUGGUUUUAACUGAGACCUGUUUAACACAAGUUUAUUUUUACUGGUGUGUACAGUAGAAAAAACACUUUUAUGAAUGUAGGGUUGUUACCUUGCUGUACUUCUGUGAACUGGGGAGCUGUUAUCAUUAAGUAACUGGUAUAAAUGUAGUUACCUCUGUGCUUCCAA